AUACCCCCAACGUCUCUCUCUCUCUCUCCUCUCUCUGAGUUCUCUCUCUCUCGAAGUCAAUUCAACAGGUAAAACCGUAUGCAUACACCUUCUCUGUACGUAUAUUCGGUGUUUCAUGAGUGAAAUUGGUACCGAUCUGUUGUUGUGGGAGGUAGGAAAUGUCGUCGCUCAGCCGGGAACUGGUUUUUUUGAUACUCCAGUUUUUGGACGAAGAGAAAUUCAAAGAGACUGUGCACAGACUGGAGAAAGAGUCGGGAUUUUUCUUCAACAUGAGGUAUUUCGAAGAUUGUGUAACAGCAGGUGAAUGGGACGAGGUAGAGAAGUACCUCGCUGGGUUCACCAAAGUUGAUGAUAAUAGAUACUCUAUGAAAAUAUUUUUCGAGAUUCGAAAGCAGAAGUACCUUGAAGCACUUGACAAGAAAGAUCAUGCUAAGGCCGUUGAGAUACUUGUGAAGGAGCUAAAAGUGUUCUCAACAUUUAACGAAGAGCUGUUUAAGGAGAUCACGAUGCUUUUAACCUUAUCGAACUUCAGGGAGAAUGAGCAACUCUCGAAGUAUGGAGAUACUAAGUCGGCAAGGGCAAUAAUGUUGGGUGAACUUAAGAAAUUGAUCGAAGCCAAUCCUCUCUUCCGGGAUAAACUCCAAUUUCCCAGUUUAAAGAACUCGAGACUGAGGACCUUAAUUAAUCAAAGUUUGAAUUGGCAACAUCAACUUUGCAAGCACCCAAGACCUAAUCCUGAUAUAAAAACACUCUUUGUGGACCAUACCUGUGGGCCUCCAAAUGGUGCACGUGCUCCUUCUCCUGCAACUAAUCCAUUGAUGAAUUCUGUCCCAAAAGUUGGUGGCUUCCUUCCGCUUGGUGCUCAUGGUCCAUUUCAGCCAACACCAGCUACUCUUACGACAUCUCUUGCAGGAUGGAUGCCUAAUCCAUCUGCUGUUUCACACCAAAGUGUUUCUGCUGGCCCUAUUAGCUUAGGUGCCCCGAACAGUGCAGCAUCUAUGCUAAAGCGUCCUAGGACUCCUCCAACAAAUAACCUGGCCUUGGACUAUCAGACAGCAGAUUCUGAAAGCGUAUUGAAGAGGCCUAGACCUUUUGGAAUAUCGGAUGAGGUUAAUAACCUUCCAGUUAAUGUUUUGCCAGUUGCAUAUCCAGGGCAGAGCCAUACACAUGCACCUUAUUCUAACGACGAUUUGCCCAAGAACGUUAGCAGGGUUUUGAGUCAGGGUUCUGCUGUUAAGAGCAUGGAUUUUCAUCCACUACAUCAAACUGUACUUCUUGUUGGUACAAACCUUGGUGAUAUUGCGAUAUGGGAGGUGGGUAGCAGGGAGAGGCUUAUUUCCAGAAGUUUUAAAGUUUGGGAUCUUAAUGCUUGCACUAUGAUACUUCAGGCAUCACUUGCGAACGAAUAUACUGCAGCAGUAAACCGAGUUGUUUGGAGUCCUGAUGGUGCCCUUCUGGGUGUUGCAUAUUCCAAGCAUAUUGUGCAUAUCUAUUCGUAUCACGGAAGUGAUGAUUUGAGAAAUCAUUUAGAGAUUGAUGCCCAUACUGGUAAUGUCAAUGAUAUUGCUUUCUCCCAGCCAAACAAGCAAUUGUGUGCAUUGACUUGUGGAGAUGACAAGACAAUCAAGGUUUGGGAUGCCGUUACUGGAAAUAAAUUGUACACAUUUGAAGGUCAUGAGGCACCUGUUUAUUCUGUUUGCCCGCACCAGAAGGAGAAUAUUCAGUUCAUAUUUUCAACUGCUGUUGAUGGCAAAAUAAAGGCUUGGCUAUAUGACAACAUGGGUUCUAGAGUUGAUUAUGAUGCACCAGGUCAAUCUUGCACAAUGAUGGCUUAUUGUGCUGAUGGAACAAGAUUAUUCUCAUGCGGUACUAGUAAAGAGGGAGAGUCGUUUCUCGUAGAAUGGAAUGAAAGUGAGGGAGCCGUCAAGCGUACCUACCAUGGACUAGGGAAACGAUCUGUGGGGGUUGUUCAGUUCGAUACCACUAAGAAUAAGUUUUUGGCAGCUGGUGAUGAAUUCCAAGUUAAAUUUUGGGAUAUGGAUAGUCUCAACCCCUUGACUACAACAAAUGCAGAAGGGGGAUUACCGUCAUCUCCUUGUUUAAGGUUCAACAAAGAAGGAACUCUGCUGGCUGUCUCAACCACUGAAAAUGGAAUUAAAAUACUAGCAAACGCCGAAGGUGCUAGGCUUCUGCGCUCCACUGAGGGUCGUGCCCUUGAAGCCUCUAGAGUUGCUCAUGGUUCCGCAAAGGGGUCUAUCAUUGGCACAUUUGGUGCACCGGGUUCAACCAGUGGGAUGAAUCUACCAGUUGCUGAAAGAAGUGGACCAGGGGCAUCUGUUACUGCAUUGAACGGAGAUAGCUGCAAUCUGCCUGAUGUGAAACCAAGAGUCCCUGAUGAAGUAGAGAAAUCAAAGAUCUGGAAGCUGAUCGAGAUCAAUGAACAAGCCCACCUUCGUACCUUGCGGCUUCCUGACAGUUUGCUACCAGCAAGGGUUGUUAAAUUGAUAUAUACGAAUUCUGGAGGUGCCAUAUUGGCACUAGCAGAAAAUGCUGUUCAUAAAUUAUGGAAAUGGCAAAAAAAUGAGCGGAAUCUCUCAGGAAAGGCAACCAGCAGUGUCCCACCUCAUCUAUGGCAGCCAUCGAGUGGAUUAUUAAUGACAAAUGACACACGCGAUGCAAACAAAGAGGAUGUAGUUCCAUGCUUUGCACUCUCUAAGAAUGAUUCUUAUGUCAUGUCGACUUCGGGAGGAAAGAUCUCCUUGUUCAACAUGAUGACAUUCAAGACAAUGACCACAUUUAUGGCUCCUCCUCCUGCGGCAACUUCUCUUGCAUUCCAUCCCCAAGACAAUAACAUUAUUGCAAUAGGAAUGGAUGAUUCAUCAAUUCAAAUCUACAAUGUUAGAGUCGAUGAGGUCAAGAGUAAACUGAAGGGUCAUCAGAAGAAAGUGACUGGUCUAGCCUUCUCAAACCUUCUAAACAUUCUUGUAUCAUCUGGUGCUGAUUCUCAGCUAUGCGUGUGGAGCAUGGAUGGGUGGGAAAAGCAAACUAGCAAACAGAUACAGAUUCCAAGCGGGCACACGCCAAAUCCCCUGGCUCAUACCCGUGUUCAGUUUCAUCAAGAUCAGACUCACGUUCUGGUUGUCCAUGCCAGUCAGUUAGCCAUAUACGAGACUCCCAAGCUGGAAUGUGUAAAGCAGUGGAUUCCACGGGAAUCAAGUGGUUCGAUCACGGAUGCUGUGUACUCGUGUGAUAGCCAGUUGAUCUAUGCAGCUUUUGAUGAUGGAAGCGUGAAUAUCUUGACCGCAACAACAUUGCAACUGAAGUGUCGUAUUGGCCCCAAUGCGUAUUUGCCUUCAAACCCGAGUUCCAGAGUGUAUCCAGCCGCCAUUUCAGCCCACCCGUCUGAACCAAACCAAUUCGCCGUGGGGCUCACAGACGGUGGGGUCCACGUCCUCGAGCCGCCAGUGGGUUUGGAAGGAAAAUGGGGCAUGUCUCCGCCACCAAAAGAUGGCGCAGGACCCAGUGGCUCCUCCGCGGCGGCGGCAGGGUCCGAUCAAACGCCGAGGUAACCGUUUUUUAUGUGCUAGUUCUCUCUCUGAUUCAUCGUAUCAUGUUAGCUAUGGGGAGCUGCAAUUAUUGUAGGAAAUUUGUAUACUUGAAUGAUUUGAGUAGACGUGUCAUUUGUAGUGCUUGAAAAAGCUUUUAAGAAAAAGUAGUUUCCAUCCAAAAACAGCUUCUUUAGCAUUUGGGUUUGUACUUUGUAGAUAUAUUGACAAGAUUAGAAAAAUGUUGAUAUGAUAGAUGAGAUGAUGAAAUGUUUUAUUUUCCUGAUAUUUUUUGGAUUCUUAA